CCUAGAGCCACCCUACCCGGCCACCACCUUGACUUUAGCCCAAUGAUGUGAGUUCCGAACUCGGACUUCUAGAACCGUGAGAGAAUAAAUUUGUGUGGCUUUAAGCCACUAAAAUUUUUUUUAAAAGAAAUGCUUUUUCAACCAAGACCAAUUUUCUCAAUAUUAUCAGCAUUUCAUAUGAGUAAAUGGCAUAUUAUUUGCUAACACCUUAACAAAAAUAUACAGGAAGCUACUAUUAUGGUAUAAAAGGGUAUUUCCAAAAUGAUUCCUGGAAAAUAUGAAGAUGAAAUGUAUUCCCUACGCAUAAUUGGGCGGAGGGGUGGGGGACAUUCAUAUUGUCUUUAUACGAGAUGAUACACAAGAGUAUAUAACAUACUUAAUGCAGAAUUUAAUUUCAGGGUAAAACAGAUAAAAGUGGUAACAUUGUUAUUUUCAUUCUUAAGUUAUUUCCCUACGUUACUCUAUCCCACAGUUACAGGGUUUUGAAGAAGUAGAGACUCCAGGAAUCAAAAGCUACUCUACUGCUAAUUAUUUCCACUUGAGCUGAGAAGUAACCUAGAAGAGUAGUUAGGAACACCAGCUCCUCAGCCAGACUGGGUGCCCACCUCAUCGACGUGUCUUGGCAUGUCUGUACUUCAGUCUCCUCCCCUGUUAAAGAGGGAGUGAUAGCUCCUACCUCACGGGGUUAUUUAAGAAUUGAAUGAGGGUGGGCGGGAGGUAAAAAAAAAAAAAAAAAGAAUUGAAUGGGUUACAUAUUUGUGCAGGGUUGAGGGAACUACCCAGCAUACAUAAGCACUACAUAAGUAUUACCAAAAACAAAAAAAGAAAAUGUUUGUUACUAUGUGUUUGAGAUAAGGAGGAAUGCAACGGUGGCUCGAUAUAGAGGGUUAAGGGCUUGAAGGUAGAAAGGUAAGGGAGGCUCCAGAGCAAAGGAGGUUAGAGACUCAGAGUCCCCCAUCUACUUCAUCCAGCCACAGCCCAACUGGACGGAGAUCAUAAACAGAAAACUGAAGUUCCCACCUCCACUGCUGGGUGCCAUCCAGGAGGGUCGGCUGGGCCUUGUGCAGCAGCUGCUGGAGACGGGGGUCGAGGCCACGGGCGGCGGACCAGGCGGACCCCUGCGGAAUGUGGAGGAGGCCGAGGACCGCUCCUGGAGGGAAGCCCUCAAUCUGGCCAUCCACCUGGGCCACGAGGCCAUCAUGGAUGUGCUUUUGGCCAAUGUCAAGUUUGACUUCCGGCAGAUCCACGAGGCCCUGCUUGUGGCCGUGGACACAAACCAGCUGGCAGUGGUGCGCCGCCUGCUGGCCCGGCUGGAACGGGAGAAGGGCCGCAAGGUGGACACCAAGUCUUUCUCACUGGCUUUCUUUGACUCAUCAGUCGACGGCUCUCGCUUUGCACCCGGCAUCACCCCACUCACCCUGGCCUGCCAGAAGGACCUGUAUGAGAUUGCACAGCUGCUCAUGGACCAGGGCCACACCAUCGCCCGGCCCCACCCUGUCUCCUGCGCCUGCCUCGAGUGCAGCAAUGCACGCCGCUACGACCUGCUCAAGUUUUCCCUGUCCCGCAUCAACACCUACCGGGGCAUCGCCAGCCGCGCCCACCUCUCACUGGCCAGUGAGGACGCCAUGCUGGCUGCCUUCCAGCUCAGCCGUGAGCUCAGGCGCCUGGCCCGCAAGGAGCCUGAGUUUAAGCCCGAGUACAUUGCCCUGGAGUCGCUGAGCCAGGACUACGGCUUUGAAUUGCUGGGCAUGUGCCGGAACCAGAGCGAGGUCACCGCAGUGCUCAAUGACCUGGGCACGGACAGCGAGACUGAGCCCGAGGCUGAGGGCCUGGGCCAGGCCUUUGAGGAAGGCAUCCCCAACCUGGCAAGGCUGCGACUGGCCGUCAACUACAACCAGAAGCGGUUUGUAGCACAUCCCAUCUGCCAGCAAGUCCUGUCCUCCAUCUGGUGUGGGAACCUGGCUGGCUGGCGUGGGAGCACCACCAUCUGGAAGCUCUUCAUCGCCUUCCUCAUCUUCCUCACCAUGCCCUUCCUCUGCCUGGGCUACUGGCUGGCACCCAAGUCCCAGCUGGGCCGCCUGCUGAAGAUCCCGGUGCUGAAGUUCCUGCUGCACUCGGCUUCCUAUCUGUGGUUCCUCCUUUUCCUGCUGGGAGAGUCCUUAGUCAUGGAGACGCAGCUGAGUACCUUCCGUGGCCGCAGCCAGAGCGUCUGGGAGACUUCACUACACAUGGUUUGGGUUGCAGGCUUCCUGUGGUUUGAGUGUAAGGAAGUGUGGAUCGAGGGGCUGCGCAGUUACCUCCUGGACUGGUGGAACUUCCUGGACAUGGUCAUCCUGUCCCUGUACCUGGCGGCCUUCACGCUGCGCCUCCUCCUUUCCGGGCUGGCCCACAUGCACUGCCGGGAUGCCCUGGGCGGUGCUGCCUGCCACUACUUCACCACGGCUGAGCGGAGUGAGUGGCGCACAGAGGACCCCCAGUUCUUGGCUGAGGUGCUCUUUGCCAUCACCAGCAUGCUCAGCUUCACCCGCCUGGCCUACAUCCUGCCGGCCCAUGAGUCACUGGGCACCCUGCAAAUUUCCAUUGGCAGGAUGAUCGACGACAUGAUCCGGUUCAUGUUCAUCCUCAUGAUCAUCCUGACCGCCUUCCUCUGUGGCCUCAACAACAUCUACGUGCCCUACCAGGAGACGGAGCGUCUGGGCAAUUUCAAUGAGACUUUCCAGUUUCUGUUCUGGACCAUGUUUGGCAUGGAGGAGCACAGCGUGGUUGACAUGCCUCAGUUUCUGGUGCCUGAGUUUGUGGGCCGAGCUCUCUACGGCAUCUUCACCAUCGUCAUGGUCAUUGUGCUGCUCAACAUGCUCAUUGCCAUGAUCACCAACUCCUUCCAGAAGAUUGAGGAUGACGCUGACGUGGAGUGGAAGUUUGCUCGCUCCAAGCUCUACCUGUCCUACUUCCGGGAAGGCCUGACGCUGCCAGUGCCCUUCAACAUCCUCCCCUCCCCCAAGGCCAUCUUCUACCUGCUCAGGAGAAUUUUUCGGUUCAUUUGCUGUUGCUGCUCCUACUGCAAAACCAAGAAACCAGACUAUCCCCCAAUCCCCACUUUUGCCAAUCCUGGGGCAGGGGCAGGGCCUGGGGAGGAAGAGCAUGGAUCCUACCACCUUCGUGUGAUCAAGGCCCUGGUACAGCGCUACAUAGAGACUGCCCGGCGGGAGUUCGAAGAGACCCGUCGGAAAGACCUGGGCAACAGGCUGACAGAGCUGACCAAGACUGUCUCUCGACUGCAAAGUGAGGUUGCCGGUGUGCAGAGGACUCUGGUAGAGGGAGGGACACGUCGGCCACCCGAUGGUGCCAGCAUCCUCAGUCGCUACAUCACCCGAGUGCGCAACAGCUUCCAGAACCUGGGCCCCCCUAUCCCCGAGACCCCAGAGCUGACAGUACCAGGGAUGGUGGGGACUCAGGUGUCUUCAGAAACUGGGCUUCAGGACGCCGGAGGGGCCAGGACUCCAGCUUCCAGAGAGUCAGGCCCUUCCUCCCCAGCUCACGUGUUAGUGCACAGGGAGCAAGAAUCAGAGGGGGCUGGGGACCUGCCCCAGGAGGAAGAUUUGGGAACCAAGGAGGGGUCCUGAUGCAGUAGGAGGCUCCCUUCUUCUGCUGCCAAGUAGAGCAGCCUCAAUGGGUGAAGGUGGGGUCACUUAGUAGGAGCCAAUACUGCUUCCCUUGUCUAAAUAAAGUCUCUGUUCUAGACGUCA